AGCCAACUAGGAAUCAUGGAUCUGAAAUUCACUUCAUCAAGAAAAUACAUUUCCAUCAGUGUACCUUCCAAAUCUCAAACGAUGUCUCCCCAUAUCAAAUCAGUAGAUGAUGUUGUAGUUCUUGGCAUGAAUCUCAGCAAAUUUAACAAACCUACUCAGUUUUUCAUCUGCGUUUCUGGAGUUUUUAUGUUUUAUCUAAUCUAUGGAUAUUUGCAGGAAUUGAUAUUUUCAGUGGAAGGUUUUAAACCUUUUGGUUGGUACCUCACUUUAGUGCAGUUUGGAUUUUAUUCCAUUUUUGGACUAAUAGAGCUGCAGUUAAUUCAGGACAAAAGAAGGAGAAUUCCUGGCAAAACCUACAUGAUAAUAGCGUUUUUAACAGUGGGAACUAUGGGUUUGUCAAAUACCUCCUUAGGAUAUCUGAAUUACCCCACUCAAGUCAUCUUCAAGUGCUGUAAGCUGAUCCCAGUUAUGAUAGGUGGGGUUUUUAUACAAGGAAAACGUUAUAACAUUGCAGAUGUGUCUGCUGCCCUCUGUAUGAGUCUUGGAUUAAUAUGGUUUACUUUAGCUGACAGCACAGUUGCACCAAACUUCAACUUGACAGGUGUGGUCCUAAUAUCCCUUGCCCUCUGUGCGGAUGCAGUGAUAGGAAACGUGCAGGAGAAAGCUAUGAAAUUGCACAAUGGUUCUAAUUCAGAAAUGGUUUUGUAUUCCUAUUCAAUAGGGUUUGUGUAUAUUUUAUUUGGAUUAACGUGCACUAGUGGAUUAAGCCCUGCAGUAUCAUUUUGCUCAAAGCAUCCAGUUCAGACUUACGGUUAUGCAUUCCUCUUCUCCCUGACUGGGUAUUUUGGCAUAUCUUUUGUUCUAGCUUUGAUCAAAAUAUUUGGUGCCCUUCUUGCUGUAACAGUUACCACAGGAAGAAAAGCAAUGACCAUUGUGCUUUCUUUUUUGUUCUUUGCAAAGCCAUUCACGUUACAGUACGUGUGGUCAGGCUUGCUGGUCGUCCUUGGUAUAUUUCUUAAUGUUUACAGUAAGAACAUGGAUAAAAUCAAACUGCCUUCACUGCAUGGUCUUUGGAAAAAAAGGGUUGAAGAGCGAAAAACAAGGACGUUGUCACAAACUGUGUAG